AUUUAUUUUGGUGUUAAACAAAAUGAUUUGAUACCUUAUCUUCUUCAUACGAAGCAAAGAAGAGUAACAGGCAAUGAUGGCGUCUUUGGCUCAUCAGUUAAGGUGGUCCUCACUGCCGUCGAAACCAAUCCACAACCACCGAAGACGCAACACCGUCGUGUGUUCCAUUGCCAUUGAAAACGCUCAGAACAAAGAGAGAGCCAAACUCAAACAACUCUUCCAAGACGCCUAUGAGAGAUGUCGAACUUCUCCCGCCGAAGGUGUCUCCUUCACCUUCGAACAAUUCUCCGCCGCUCUCGAUAACUACGACUUCGACGCUGAAAUUGGAACCAAGGUUAAGGGUACUGUUUUUGCCGCAGAUGCGAGUGGAGCUUAUGUUGACAUUACUGCAAAGUCGACAGCGUACUUGCCUUUGCAAGAGGCAAGCAUCUACAGAAUUAAGAAUGUGGAAGAAGCGGGCAUAGUUCCUGGCUUGAAAGAGGAGUUUGUGAUCAUUGGUGUAAAUGAAUCGGAUGAUACAUUGAUAUUGAGUUUGAGGUCUAUACAAUAUGACCUUGCAUGGGAACGCUGUCGACAACUUCAAUCGGAAGAUGCUGUUGUCAAGGGUAAGGUUGUUAAUGCAAACAAAGGAGGUCUGGUGGCUGCAGUGGAAGGCCUUAAGGGGUUUGUUCCAUUUUCACAGAUAUCAACGAGAGCAACUGGAGAAGAGCUUCUUGAAAAGGAGAUUCCUUUCAAGUUUGUGGAGGUGGAUGAGGAACAGUCCAGACUUGUCCUCAGUCACCGUAAAGCUGUGGCUGAGAACCAAGGACAGCUAGGAAUUGGAUCAGUUGUUACUGGUUCUGUUCAAAGUAUAAAACCUUAUGGUGCCUUUGUUGACAUUGGUGGUAUCAGUGGCCUCCUUCAUGUCAGUCAAAUCAGUCACGAUCGUAUAACUGAUAUUGCAACUGUUCUUCAACCUGGUGAUAUUCUGAAGGUGAUGAUCCUAAGUCACGAUCGGGAGAGAGGACGAGUAAGUCUUUCCACAAAGAAAUUGGAACCCACACCUGGAGACAUGAUUCGCAAUCCAAAGCUUGUCUUUGAGAAGGCUGAGGAGAUGGCUCAGACAUUCAGACAGAGAAUCGCUCAAGCAGAAGCUAUGGCUCGUGCUGAUAUGCUAAGGUUCCAGCCAGAGAGUGGAUUAUCUCUCAGCAGUGACGGGAUCUUAGGACCACUUGCUUCAGAUUUGCCUCCAGAGGGACUGGAUCUGAGUGAGGUACCAACAGCUGAAGAUUCAUGAUUGAGGCUUGUGAACACCUUGCUCUAAAUAUUGUUGUAGAGAGCUAAGCCAAAUAUUUUCUUUUGUUUGGAUAUAUUUAUCUUUCCGACAGCAUAAAACAAAUUCAAUACUCUACCCAUUUGACAAAUUGCCCCCUCCUUCAAUUUUGACUAUAUAAUGGUUCUUUUCGGCCACUCAUUAUUGUAGUUAAGGUCAGGCAAUUAGAAUUCUUCAUUUUCUGCCCAAAUUAUAGUUAGACCAGUUCAAAACCAGAUUUAUAUAUUUAUGUCUUCGACAAUAUUAGGCCCGUUUGUUUUAAAGUAGUGUAGAACUGACUUUAAAUCGUUGCAUGUACCAAAACUAAUCGUAUAAUCAUAAAUUUUUAUUGGAUAUAUUUUUU